CGCUCCCCGCAAAUGAUAGCCCGUCUCGACCUCGUCUUCCUCGUUCCCCGGAACUCGCUCGUCUUCCUCGUUCCUAUUUGAGGUCGAGCCCUCCUCCGGCCUCUCCGCCUCCUACCUGCUGAUUGGGGUGUUCGAUCCGGAUUCCACCUGCUCUGCUUGGAUUAGAAGAUAUAAAAAAAUGGCUGCACAAGACACUCCUAUGAUCACCGAGGAUGACUAUGAGACUCAGCAGAAGAAGCAAGCUGCUGCAGAUGUUCUUUUCAACUAUUCACAGUUUGUUAUGGUGUGCAUUGGUGAGGGAGUUCGCCCGACUGAUCUCCGGUUGCACCUUAUGAAGGAAAUUUCAGGGAUGCCCACCUCUUUGAAGGAAGAGCCACGGCAGGCAGCUGCCUCCCCAGAUUCUAGCGGUGAACCAUCAUCCUCUGGGACGAUGAAAGAAGACAGGAGCGAAAUCCCAUAAGCUUCAUCUGCAUCUUGCAAGGAGAUGGUAUCUCAGGAUGAUAGGCGAUGAUUUGUGAUCAUAGAGAUGUAAAUAAGUUAGCAUGCUUGAGGCAAGGCCUGAUUUGGUUUACAGCGCUGAAGAGCACAUUUUCCUGGCGGAUGGUAACGUUUGUGAUCAUUUUUCAAGCCACUUGCAUUGCAUCUA